AUGGCCACGCAAAUAGUGUUGGUGCCCCGGAAGCUGCAGCAGCGGACUCCUUCUAUUCGGGAUGGUUUGUCCUGGGAGUUGGAGUUAUCACAACGUAUUUACGGCUGCCACCUCAUUCAAAGGGCGGGGGUUCUCUUGCGUUUAGAAGCAGUUACGGUGGCCAGUGCGCAGACUAUUCUUCAUCGCUUCUACUACAGGAAGAGCCUCAAGAAAUUCGACGUCAGGCUGGUGGCCACUUCAUCUCUGCUGCUCGCGUGCAAGCUGGAGGAGGAUCCUCGUCGAGUGAGGAGUUUAAUUGAUAUUGUACAACUCCUAGCAAAUGCAGAAGAUGCAAAUGUUCAAAUAACACAAGACAACCUCGACCAGCUCCUCAUUGACUAUGACUCGCCGACCCUUGUGCACCCCCAUCGCUACAUUUUGCAGUAUAUUCACGCACUCUGUAAAGGCGACUAUAUACCUACAAACAGGCUUUCUCAGAUCGCUUGGGGAUACCUCAACGACAGUAUGCGAACGACGUUGUGCUGCGAAGUGCAGCCAGCAGUCGUAGCAGUAGGAAGUAUAUUUCUUGCGGCCUGCGACUUGAACAUUCAUUUAGCAAAAGAAACGGGGUGGUAUGAAUUGUUUGAUGUUACCUGGGAGGAUGUCCUUAAGGUCUGCACUCGCAUUCUUUCUCUUUAUAAGAGGGGCCCUCCUAAAUAUACAAAACUCGCGGAGACCCCCAGGACCCUUCCUCCCCCUAAGCAGGAGGCUUCGACGAAUACGAAAAUAGAAAAAUCAGAAGACAACUCCUUAGCAGCAACUGCACCACCAACAGCUGCAUCUGGAGCUGAUAAUGCAUCAGCAGGAGAAGAAGCACUCGCCGCUGCAGCGGCAACAACAGCAGCAGCAACAACAGCUGCAGCAGCAGCGGGAGUUCCAGCGGGAGCAGCAACAGCGGGGGGCAGCGCGAGCGGCGCAGCACAGGUCGCACCGGACCCAGCUGAAGAGGAGGAGAUGCAGCUUGAUGAGACCCUUGAUAAGGAUAAGGAUAAGAAGGAAGAAACGAAGGAAAGAAAUGCAGCAGCAAGAGAGACGACAGACUCUAGGGGAGGCGACGACUUCUCGCAACAGCGACAAACAGAAGCCUCAGAGGCGCCUCCUCCUGCUGCAGGAGGAAGUCGGGAUGAAUUCAACAGCCACAGACGGGAGCUGCGAGAGGCUGCUACGGGUGAUAGGCGAUUUGGGAAAGAGGAGAGAAGCCCCCGGGACGUGCAGCAGGAAUCUCGCCAUAGAACACGACCCGCCGAUAGCUACCGAAGCACGAAGCAAGAUGGACACCGAGGAGGGCGAGAGGAAGGCCGCGAACCUCCAAGCCCGCGGCGGUCGGAUUAUCGAGACAGCCCUGUGCAUUACUCAUCUUCUUCUCGAGACAGCAAGUGGGAGCGCUUUGGCCACCGGGACAGGUACGAAUCUCAUUCUGGGUCGUUCAGAGACAGAGAAAGAAGGCGAUACCCUGACAGCAACCCAUCGUUCGACUCUCCACGAAGUCGAGGAGAUAUUGACGGGGGAAGAGGGGGGGGAAGACCCUCAGCGAAGAGGCCUUCACGCCGCGAUUCUCCUGGAAGAAACUCCCACAGGCCUCUUAAGUUGCCCGCUGGCAGCGAUUCGAAGCGCCUCUGA